AGGCGAGAGUCCGGGCGUACGCCCCUCACCGGGCAGCGGCGGCCUUUGCGCCGCCCGCCCCGCGCGGACGCCCAGCCUGUGCCGGAAUGGACAGAGAGACGCGCGUCUACGCCGAAAAUCAUUUCCGAGGCCUGCAGGGGCGGCCCCCAGGCGGCGCCUGCCCGCCCCCCGGCUGCGUGGACUUCAUCGAGAAUCCGGACUCGUUUUCCUACGCCGACUUCUUCAAGGGCUACCUGCUUCCCAACAUGCCGUGCGUCUUCUCCAGCUCCUUCACCGCCGGCUGGGGCAGCCGCAGGCACUGGGUGACGUCCAGCGGGAAGCCCAACUUCGAGCACCUGCUUCGGAAGUACGGAGACGUCGUCGUGCCUGUUGCCAACUGCGGGGUCCAGGAGUACAAUUCGAACCCCAAAGAACACAUGCCGCUCAGAGACUACAUCAGCUACUGGCAAGAGUACAUCCAGGGGGGCUAUUUCUCUCCUCGGGGCUGCCUCUAUCUCAAAGACUGGCACCUGUGCAGGGACUCAUCGUCGGAGGACGUCUUCACCUUGCCUGUGUACUUCUCAUCCGACUGGCUGAACGAGUACUGGGACUCUCUGGAUGUGGACGAUUACCGCUUCGUCUACAUGGGGCCCACUGGCACCUGGUCACCGUUUCACGCCGACAUCUUCCGCUCCUUCAGCUGGUCUGUCAACAUUUGUGGGAGGAAAAAGUGGUUCUUCUUUCCUCCAGGGCAGGAAGAAGCCCUGCGGGAUUGCCAUGGUGGCCUGCCCUACGAUGUGACCUCCCCUGCACUCCUUGACCGCCGUCUGUAUCCCACUCGUGAGCACUGCAGCCCCCCGCUGGAGGUCACGCAGGAGGCGGGCGAGAUGGUGUUUGUGCCCAGUGGCUGGCACCACCAAGUCCACAACCUGGAGGACACCAUCUCCAUCAACCACAACUGGGUCAAUGGCUGUAACCUGGCCAACAUGUGGCACUUCCUGCAGCAAGAGCUCUGUGCCGUGCAGCAGGAGGUCAGUGAGUGGAGGGACACCAUGCCUGACUGGCACCAUCACUGCCAGGUCAUCAUGAGGGCUUGCUCUGGGAUCAAUUUUGAAGAAUUUUACCGCUUCCUCAAGAUCAUCGCUGAGAGGAGGCUUCUCCUGCUGGCGAAGGGAAUGGGCCCUGAUGAAGUGGAGGGUGAGGGUGGCGAGGGCACCGUGCUGGGCCCCCAGCAGGCUGCUUUCGACAUCGGCCGGAUUGCCGAGGUGCUGGCGUCCGUGGUGGCCCACCCAGACUUCCAGAAAGCGGACACUAGCAUGUUCUCGCCGCAGCCUGAGGAGCUUCUGAGGCAGCUAGAGGAGGUCGUGGUCACCACCACGACUCUUUAAUGCAUGCUGCGUGGAUCAGGUACCCCAUGACGUGACAGGAUUGUGGGGUACCAGCAUGGAGGGUAGGUGGUCUCCUCUGGUGUGCCUUCCGGAAAUAAAGCUCCACGCUUCUAUGUAGCCUGGGACACAUCA